ACCAUUCAGGACAGGAUGAUUUCCUAUGUGGAGUGUCUGGGCGGCGAGGGGGCGGGGCCUGGCGUGGCAUCACGCUGCUGGAACACGGGUCCUGAUGAAGAGCGAGAUGAGCUUCUUCCACGCAAGAUGGCCGCCCUACAACCGAAAACGGAGGGCAGCCUGCGGCGCCGCCUGCUCAGCGCCAAAAUCCACCAGCACCAUGACGCCAUCUGGAGGAUGAACGCAGGUGGUGUCGGCGGCAGACCGCCGUGUCCGUCAGGUGACAAGAAGCCCCUCCCACCUCAACUUCAGUACUCAGGCUACAGCCCCUGGUACCAACCCCAGCACCUCUCCGCACGACCCCACAUCCACCCGUCUUUUACCCAAGAGGCUCCUGGGAAACGAUUCCUUGCUCCAGAGGCUCAUGGGAAGCCCCACCCACUGUCCUCACCCCUUCAGCUGCAGCGCUCGACCUGCCCCAUCCUCACGCAGCGUCGCCGAACAAGCUCGUGUCCCCCCGACCCGGAGCCCCGCCCCGGCUACACCAUGUCCAGCCCCUCCCCUCUCAUCACCCCGCCCCCCCUCAAUGUGCAACCACAGUACCAGUACCAGCCCAGCAGGAGGCGCAGGUCCAGAUUCUUCUGCCUCAGGCGGCGCCGAGGGAGGAGCUCCGCGCUGGAAGCCACACAAACCACGCCCUUUCUACACAGAGUCCAGUGUGUGUGUGGCGUCGUCAUGGUUCUGAUCGGAGCAGCGAUCAAAUCCGUCCUCAGAUUCCUGAAUAAGACUCGAGCAGGGGACAGGGACAGCAAGUGGUCGGUGCACUAUACUACCCAGAAGCCUCAGCAGGGUCUGGUCUUCAUCCCUGGGAAAAGACGAUCCGGCAGCGCUGACGACCUGCGAGCGUGUAACGGGCUGACUCAGCGAGGUUAUGGCGGACCUGCCAGCUCACGGCUUCACCAGGCGUGCCCCGCCUCCCAAUUGUCCUCCACUGGCCUGGACCAAUCAGAGGGCAGAACACGCAGAGGGGGGCGGGACAAGAGCAGGCAGAUGUCAUCAGCCUCUUCAGACGAAGAUGAGAGGUUAAUCUUGAACAACACCCGCCCGAUGACCCCAUUGGUCCUCAAUCCCGUCCCUCUCACCUCUCGUUGGGAUUUCUUUGACCCCGAAAAUGAACCAACGCUCGAUGUGGAGAUGGAACCGGCCCCUCGGCUUCCGACGCCAGAAGAGAGGAUGAGGCAGCAGGCCCAAGCAAUUCCUGCUGAUAUUGUCCCGAUUAACAUAACAGGUGAGAGUUUUGAUCGUCAGGCCAUUUUUCGAAGAACCGUUUCCAGUGCUGACUCGUUAACCCGACGACCCGGAAACCUGAGCCGCCGCAAAACAGUUACAGGGAUACCUGAUGAUGUCAACCGGAAGCAGGUCUCUCCAGACUCGGCUUCGCCGUCCUCUGUACUUCCCCGCCAUUUCUCGACAGUGGGUCGCCCUGUUUCCUCCUCCUGCGCCUCCACCCACCAACAGAAAAACACAGAGGAGGAAGUGGAGAAGAAGGAGUUGUGGGACUUCCAAAAGGAGGGGCAGUCAUCAGUAAGGAAGAUCCGAGCCCCGAGAGGAGGGGGGAUGUCCAGCCUCAUGGCCUCUCUUACCUCCUCCCCACGUGUCGACACCUGUUAUGACCCGUCCACCUCCUGCUCCUCACCCUCCCCGGAGCUCCGCAGCCUCCCUCGUCUGCCAACCAACUCCUCACUGAACUCUGACACCAGCUGUGACAGCGCCUCCUACAGGACACUCAGUGCCUCCUCAUCUUGCUGCCAGUCACAGGAUCUACAGGGUUUCCACAGCGACCUUCAGCCUCUCCUGCCCUUUGACCCCACUGCCAGGAUCACACCACAGUCUAUCUCCUUAUUCUCUUCGCUUCCCUCCUUGCCCGUCUCCUCCUCCCCACCCAGCACUCCUGGUCGAGCCCUGGAACAAGAGUUAUCUUACCCCAACAAUCAGCCCCUGAAUGAGGCUGCACAACCUCAUAUUUCCCCUUCCUCCUCCCACUACCUCUCCUCUUCCUCCAUCACAAACUCAGAGUUUCAGUUUAGCUACCAGGCUCUGGAUUACCAGACCAACCCCCAGCAGGACACCCAAUGUUCUUAUGAUGGUUGUUCAUACAGCGAGGAGACAUUGAGCUACCAGGCCCUCUCCCCCAGCUUCAGUGUCCACAGUGGUCAAACUGGGAGUGAGUGGAACGGCAUCCACCAGGAGAUGAGAUGUGUUUCUGGAGAAGAUUGGAGCUGUGAUCCCCUCCUCUCCUCCAGUCAUUCUUCCCCUGCUUUCCCUGACAGCAACUCCUUCUGUUCAGAGAAGAGGACCUCCUCUCCCUCGCUAAAUCUGGAGAAAAGGAAGUCGAGCAUGUCCUCCUCCAACUCUCGCAACAUCACCCAUAGCAUCUCCCUUCGCAAGACCAAGCGCCCACCUCCUCCACCAUUACGAUCUGACUCUCUGAGGCGUCGGCCAGGUCGUAGUAAAUCCUCCCAGUCUUCUUCCAGUCCACGCCAGGAGCCCACCGCCCAGAAGACACCGACUUCCUCGCCCCAGAACUUCCAUGACCCUUGGGUGCCCCGAAGUAACACCAAAAUAUGCCCGAGUGGGUUAAACUGUGGGAAAGUCACAACCUUUGAACCCUUAAACCUCGACCUCCAGACAGCAACCUCUGCUGACUCCCCUCAACCCAAGUGCCUACCGCCAAACCCCAGCCCCUCCCACGCCCAUGUCCUCACCCCUGGAUCUCCAGGCUCAGAGAUGGUGGGUCUGAGAUUAAUUCUCAUCCCCCAACAAGCAGCCUCUUCCACUCCGUUGCUGCAGCACCUCGCGUCACCCUCCAGUGGAUACUCGAGCCAGUCUACGACCCCCAUUCCUGGAACUCCUGUGACUUCCCCCCUCACUCCCUCCUCACCUCUCACAACAAGCCCAGGAGCCUUCCCCCUACCACCAACCUCUCCCUUCUCUUCACACUCGUCUUCCUUCUCCUUGUCCCCCGCUGUCUCCUACCUGCCCAGGACACUGUCUCGGGGUGAAGGAAGGCCAAAGCCACCAGUACCAGAGAGGAAGUCAUCGCUCUUUUCCUCUCUCUCCUCCUCAUUUUCCUCAACCUCCUCCCUCUCGUCCUGCACUUCUUCAGAGUCAUCUACCAAGCAUCCUCUUCUCCCUCCUCCUCCUCUACCAGAAUGUUCCUCUCUUUCACCUCCUGUCUUCUACUCCCCCAUUGGUGAGUCUCCUCCUCCAGCUCCUCCUCUUCCACGUUCCUGCUGGCCUGCUCCUCUUUCUUUCACCAAAAUCUCCGCCGCUCCUCCUCCUCCACCUCUAUCUCUUCCUUCACCCCCUCCCCCUCCUCCUCCACCACCUCCUCCUCCUCUUCCUCCUUCAUGCCGGCGUCCUCCCCCGUCCUACUCCUACACUGUCAGGCAGACCUGCCAUCAUGCUCUAAUGUUCACAAGGUCAUCGUUAACCAACAUCCCUCCUCCCCCAAUUUCUCCAUCUCCUUCCCAAUCUGCUCAUCUUCCUCCCCCCUCAGAACUCCCAAAAUUGCCAAUCCCUGAUCUUCCUCCUCCACCGCCACCUCCUCCUCUGCCUCCUCUCUCUACCUCCUCUGCAUGCCCCCUCCCCCGACCAAGCCUUGACAAGUCUCCAAGCCAUCGUUUCAAAGUGGCUACACCCCCCUGUCCCAUGGUCACUGCUCAAGCUCUGCAGGGCGUCAAGCUUCGCUCCGUCAAGAACAAGGAAGACCUGCUCACUAGCACUGUGGUAGCUAAUGCUACACUCCACAGCCAGGCUGUCACAAUGUCAGCUCACCAGGCUCAUGCUAACCUACCAAGCAAAGAAGCUCAUCCAGACACAUCUGUGUUGACUAAUGAUAAUCUUGAUAGCCUGGCCAUCGCUGAUGUUAAGCUAGCUGUGAUUGGAUCACAAAAUGCCAUCUGUAAUCUUGGUAGAAUGGAAGCAAAAACAACCAGUUUUAUGGCAAAUGAUAACCUUCCUAGUCCAGCCAACACUAAUGCAAAGCAACAUGGACACAAAUUAGAUCAAGAUUACUGCAACUUAACAAAAAGUGAGAUUAGCCCACCCAACAAUGAGUCUGCUUUCACUAAUCAUCAGAGCUUAGAAGGUAGCUUAUUCACUCCUCGAGACGUCCUGUCCAAUGAGAGAAAAGAUUCAGACAUGUUGUAUGCUACGCUGGCUAACUAUCGAGUCUACAGUCCUGAUAGUCCCUGGAUGAAAAUGUCCCCUGGUACUGAUGAAAGCCAAAUCAACACAAUUAUCCAACAUCCCUCUUACCAACAAGAACAGAGCAAAAUGACAACGUCAGCAGAUGCUGAGCUAACUGAGCCUGCAGACAAACAGGGGAACACUGAAGAUCCUUCAUACUGGGCCCCGUCGCGAACAAAGCAAGAGUCUCACAGAGGAAGCAGAACAAUACUGUCAGAGAGAGAAGAUGAAGUCAAGACACAUGACAAGAAUAAUUCAGACAUAUGGAAUCACAGAGCAGCUGAUGAAGAUUUAACAGCAUAUAGUGAUUUAAAACAGUGUAAUAUUGUCUUCAAGUCAAGAAGCCCACUGGAGCCCUGGUCCCUAGAGAAGCCGGUCCUGCAAAAGAAGCCUGACCUUUGCAUUCUGGGUCUCAUGGAGUCUCCUGAAGCCAGACGAGGGCCAGGUGGGUGGAAGAGCGGUGGACAAAUCACAUCGUCUUCUCAUGGGCUCAAUAACGAACCACCACCACUUCCCUCUGGUACAACUUCACCAAGGCACUUAUCAUACACAACUACUGAUGAAACAACAACUCCUGACAAAUCUUUGACCCACACAAUGAUCACUGCUAAAAUAAAACCUGCUGACAUCACCAUGAGCUCACCUGCCAGCUCCCGUCAGAGGCAGAAACCACCAAUUUUGAACAAGAAGCCCGAUUUCUCAUUGAGCUCACCUAGAACAACAAAACCCCUUUCUGAAUAUACGAAUAGAGAGGCCUCCAAAGGAACCUCUGAGACCUGUGGUUCUCUGGGUAUCACCACAGGGAUCAGUACCCUGGGGAUAGGUACCACUCACUCUAGAAACUCUUUCAAUGGGACAACAGGCACCUUGGAGAGUAGCACCUUAGGGACCACCAGCAUUUAUGGAAACGCUCACCCAGAGAUCAUGGGUAUCUCACAGGCCUGGAGUACCAAAGAUGCUCUGAACACAAUCAGUGGAAACAUGAGUACCUUGGAAAGCAAUGGUACCUCAGGAGCAUGGGAAACCUCUAGCAUCUUAGGGAACUUGGGGGAUAACGGAGCUUCUCCUAUCCAAACGGGUAAUACCCAGAUUGGAGCAACAGACCCACAUUUUGCAUGGAUCACGAGGAAGAAAAAACUUGAUAAGGAUGAUGAGAAAACAUUUCAUGACAAGACGAUGUCAUCAUUGGCUGAAGAGGAAGAUGAGAAGCAGAAGGUGGAAAAGAGAGGAAUGAAGACAACGAUGAUGAUGAUGACAUCCUCUCCAAAGAAAAAAGCAAGGAAGAAGAGGAAGAGGAGGACGGUCAGGCAACUUCUUUUGAUGUCAUCAAAAAGGGAGCCCACCCCCUCUUCUUCUGCAUCUUCAUCAUCGUCAUUGUCAUCUUCAUCCUCAUCCGGAGAUGAAGAUGUGGUCAGAGAAAGAACUAUACAAACAAGCGAGAGAGGGAGGAUGACAAAUGCGUACAAUCAUGAGACAAGGGACUCCUCCUGCGCUCUGAUUGGUCAGAGCAGGUACUCCCUCAGUAGAGCACUGUCCACUGAUAGCCUGCUGGGGGAACUGUCGCUUCCAGACCUCCUCAUACAGGAACAAGAGGAGGUCGAAGAGGAGGAGGACAGUAGCAAGGAUGAUGGACGACCUCCGCAUGCUGAUCUGUUCGUCAGUGUUUCAGCAGAUCAGAUGUUCGUCUCUGGUCGACCACGAACUACUGAGGAUCUGUUUGCUGUCAUCCACAGGUCUAAGAGGAAGAUGCUAGGGAAAAGGGAUUCAGAAGAGGAACGACAUCGCAGCUUGUCUUCCUCAUCCUCCUCCCCUCCGUUGACUCCCACUGACCCCUUCCCUCACCCCAUGCGACCUGCAGCACCCAGAAAUCAAAGGUUGUCCAGCAGUGAGAGCUUUAAGGCUCUCUUACUCAGAAAAGGUAGUCGGUCUGAUUUGUCUUCUCGAAUCUCAGCUGUCGAAAGGCUUCGCAAAGUUCCUUCUCCUGCACAAGCUACCGACCACCAGAGUACGCUGACGCUGCGACAGCCACCAGACCAACCCCAAGUCAAACCCACAAGCUUGUCACUUACCUCAGACACACUUGACUCUAGUGACCACCUGACUCUGGACUUAGCAUCAUCUCCCACGUCUCCCUGCAGUGAGAACUUCUCUGUGAGGUUGGGUUUGAGACAAAGACAUCUGAGACAUAAUCACCUCCUCUUCACCUCCUCCUCCUCUCCAUUCCUUUUCCUCUCCUCCUCCUCCAUGCGACCUCGCUCCCUCACCCCUCCCUGCUCCAGCAGCCGACGCUUUGUCACCCGCUCCCGCCUCUUCGCAGCCCCUAUGACCGCCAUCUUUGAGGGGGAAAGUGAGGAGGAAGUUGAAGACAACGAGAUUCUCAUUGAGGCACCAGGAAUCAAAGGAGAACUGAGUCAGAGAUUGUUGGAGAUUUCUUGACGGAAAGGCCAAGUUCCUGGAUGCAGCUGUGACGUGGAUUUGGCAGGAAGUCGAUGGACUGUUGCUCUGUGAUGUUUCUGCCCUAUUUCGAAUCCCGUUGGUAGAGAUGUCAAAAACCCUCACCUGAAUGUGACGAUGUCUUGGGCUUCUACAGAUCCUCAUCAGGUUUACAGCAGUCCAACAACAUGUUGAUCUGCCUCAGCUCAUUGAGCCGGACCGGAUCAGAAUGGACUGGACUGGAUUGAACUGGACUGGAUGUCCUGAAGCCAUUGGGCAACUCUCUAAUAAAGGACGUAUCACUUGUAGCCUCAUGUAUGUCCGAUAACUACAGAUGUGUGGAAUCGCGAUCUUAAGGAAACAAUCUUGUUGUGUCGAGACCAAGAUCCUGGGAAAUAACUUUACGCCAACUUCUCUCAUUUGAAUUUAAACCAAGUUAUUCUCUCGCAUAUUGGUCUCUUUUCUUACUUGAACACUGAGCAUAUGUUCACAUUUUCUUAUGACUUGAAUUAUUCUGUUUAGUUUGGUGACUUAAUGUUGUGAGCAUCUUUUUUACGUCCAUUCUUAUUUAUUUAACUUUUGGUCGACAGAUUUGUGUGAUGCUGAUGAAUUGAUUCAUGAAUUCCACAUAAGAAGCUUGUUUUCUUGAGAUAACACGCUAAAUGUUUUAUCACAGAACAGUAAUAAUAAUAAUGUUAAGCAAUUAUAUUUUAUAUCACAUGGUCGUGUUGUUCAGUUUAAGAGCUAAAUAUUUCUACUUAUGUUUGAUUGGACUGAAAAUCUGCCAAUUAUUGGCAUUAACGUAGCGACAGGUAUCGAAUCUGUAAGUUCUGAUUAUGGACUGUACGAAAAAAUAUUAUAAUCAUUUUAUUAUAAAAUAAAAAAUCUGACCUUUUCCCUGCAAAAUUAUUAUUAUUGACUUUAUAUUAAUCCCUCAAAUCAACAUUUUAAAGUUGGUUAAACUCAUAAAAUCCAUAUUUAUGUGUAAAUAAACAGGGAAAGUUACAGUUUGAUGCCACAAGUCGUCUUUUUAAUAUUCAUAUGACUCAUCAUAUCUUUUAUAUACUAUUCAUAUUAACAAGUACAUUUCACUGAUUGAAUUAAAGUAGAAGUAAAGGAAGAGAAUAUUAAUAAAAUACUAACCUCUCAUCGGCAGAAAUAAGAUUCAUGAUUCCUUUUUCUGACCACUCCCUUCAACUGCAUGAUAAAGUGAUGAACAGAUUUAGGUCGAUCGGUCAAGCUGCACUUCUGUAUUUAUUAUUUGCAGCCACACUGACUUGACGCUCUGAUUAAUAAGGGACAUAGUUAUUCCUGUAAAUAAUCCUGUUUCAUCUUCACCACAUUUUCUUCUUCCUGCUGAUUUUUUUUUCUUUUCCCCAAAGAAACUAGUCAUGCGGAUGUAAUCCUUUAAGGUUCAUUAUUCAUAACUUUCUUCUCUGGGUGAAUGUCAGAGGCUCAGAUUUACUCCAUUAACAGUAAAAUGUGUAUGAUUCAACUGGAGAGACAGAGAGAGGGUGAAAGAGAGGUGGAAGAAUUAAAAUGGGAGAACUGAACGACAGUGUGUUUGCAGAAUAAAGAGAACGAGGGAAGUUGGAACAACUAGAAAUAUUUAUAUGUAAAAUAAAAGAAAAGUGUUUGAGCAGAUGGAGAAAUCAAAGCAAUAAAGGACGAAUUCAACUUAA